AGUCGUUUCCUACAAGUGACCGACCUCACGUCCUCAGUGAACAGCAGCGCUGGCGUGAAAUUAGGACCCCCGUCCUCUAGCGGGAUUGUUUGUUGUAUUUUAGAGCUUUAAACAUGGUUUUCGAAAGGAAAAUGGUCAAAUACGACGACCCAGACGACGAGGUAAUGAAAAUACCGACAUGUUUUUGUGUUUAAUCGUUUUCUUUGUGUGGGUUAAGUUACCCAACUUGCCGGUCAGUGGAGACUGAAAAAGGUUUCUUUUUCAGUGAGUGACCUUUAAAAUAGACGAUGAUAUUACACUUAAUAUGAAAUAUGGAAGGCCUGUGGAACUGUAGUCUAACUAUAUCGAUACGCGACGGUUAAUUUCCUAGAUAGCCUAUUUUAGUCAGCUUCGUGUUUUUACACGGUACAUAUACAGUGUAACACAGGUUAUAUCUGAGUAUUAUAUGCGUAUGAUUUUGGUCUUAAAAUUUCGUAUAGGUUUUAUUUUCUCAAGUUAUGGAGGAGGGGAAAUAUACUGUUAGGUUUAUUGUGUCAUUCAGAGCAAAGCGUAGUUUUAAAGUAGUUCGUGAUCAAUGCUAUAAACAACCAGGACCAAAGUAAUUCAAAUGUUUUUUCAUUAAUGUUUUUAAAUAGGAGGAAGAUGCUCCUGCAGAAGAGGAGGAGGAAGAAGCAGCAGAGGAAGAAGAAGAGGAGGAGGAGGAAGAAGAAGAGGAAGACAUGGUGGUAAGUUUGUGAUUUAUCAAUUUGAUAAAUAUUAUUAAAGGGUAACCAAGUAAUUCCCCUGCAAACUCAGACAACUCUGUCAGAGAGGGAGGAGAAGGAAACAUGAAGAGCACACUGACUGUGAAUUACUUUAUAUCUAAAGGAUACAAUCUUUUUACAGUGUCUGAUCUGGAAUAUAUCAAGGGACAAAUGAAGGGGUAACUGGGUAAAACUUCCCUUUUGUAAUGUAUAGAGUCACUUUUUUCAUGAAUAUACUCUUGUGAUCUGUCCAUAUAUUCUCAUUCAUCCAGGUCAUGGUUUUCUUGAAGACUCCAAAAACAGGCGACUGGACUGUGUAGAGUUGAAGACAUUUCGCCUCAUAUCCAAGAAGCUCAGUUCUAAAAAUUGCUGGUGAGAGGAGCAGAUAUUUAUCCUACUGUAGAAGGGGACAAACAACGACUUGGAGGAGUUGACUGGGAAGAGUUGGAGUUUCUUUCCAACUCCUCCCAGUCGUUGUUUGUCCUCUUCUACAGUAGGAUAAAUAUCUGCUCCUCUCACUAGCAAUUUUUAGAACUGAAGAAGCUUCUUGGAUAAGAGGCCAAAUGUCUUCUUAACUCUACACAGUCCAGUUGCCUGUUUUUGGAGUCUUCAAGAAGUACUCUUGUAAUCGUGAUUCAUAAAAUGGACACAGACAUUUUUGUAUCGCUCCAUUAGUACAAGUUUUAGGCACUUAUGCUGUACAUUACAUCAAGAUCCAUCUUUUGUGCCAUCUUUAUUUUUACCUGUUUGAUACCUGAACUUACUCAGAUAUAGAUUAAAGUUAAAAAGAGACAACAUCGUGCAGGAGGUAAAUUGUCAUUGUAGUUAAUUUAGACUUUACUGUCUGUAAAGAAUCUUUAUGGACUUUUAAGUAUGAUUUCACUGUCAUUUAAGUGACAAACACAUAAAAGCAUAACUAUUUCAAUCUAGUUGUGUAUGUAAUGACAUUUUAAGGUGGUUGGUUUGACACUGCUUUGAAUUGUUAAAAUAGAAUAUUUUAUUGGUAUUCAGAUUAUAGUUUUGUUUUGCCUCAAACAUGUUAGAGAAUUGUUCAGGAACAAUUCUUAAAACUGAAGGAUUGGUGGGUGUUGUAUGUGGAAUUAAAGUGCCUCAGGGCCAGAGGAAGGGUGGCAGGGUAUUUGGUACGUGUGGCAGCCUGCCAGAGGGAAGAAAGGUCAAAACUGUGAUUUAAAAAAGUUUUGAAGUGGUAUGAGAGAAGUUUUUCAUUUCUUAAUCAAUUUAAAAGAUUCUCAUUUUAUAUUCAAAGCAUGUUUACGCCAUUGUUGUUCUGUGGUGUUGAUAUCAAUACUCUGAAUAAGUCCACAAUAUUAGCUGUUAUUUAAAACUGAAGGAUUGGUGGGUGCUGUAUGUGGAAUCAAAGUGCCGCAGGGCCAGAGUAAUGGCAGGGUACUCGAUACAUGUGGCAGCCUGCCAGAAUUGUUAAAAUAGAAUAUUUUAUUGGUAUUAAAAUGAUUGUUUUGUUUCAGAUUCACUUUUACAGAUGAUAACAGGUCUCUGCAUAAUGCCUCAAACAUGUCAGAGAAUUGUUCAGGAACAUUUAAAACUGAAGGAUUGGUGAGCCUUAACUACAAAUAGGGGCAGUGAAUGAUGUGGGUACACACAGAGUAGCUAUAGUGUGUGAGGUGUAAAUUCUCAGUCCUUUUACCACUUGAAUUGCUAAUAGUUGAUUUGAUGUACACAAACUGCAAAACCAGGGUCAUGUUUUCUCUUUGUUCCGCUCAGGAUCCAAUAGAUACGAUACGAGCCAAGUGUGAGCAGACUGAACACUGUGUGCACACAAGGGAGCGCCUGGAGACCUGUGAAGCUCGUGUCAGCUCCAGAUCUCGCACUGAGGAGGACUGCACAGAAGAACUCUUUGACUUUUUGCAUGCAAGGGACCAUUGUGUAAGUUACAGACACCCAAGACUUGUAAAGGAGAACAAUCUGUCCUUCUUGUGACCUUAUCAAUGAUGUUAACGGUGUCCUCAUCUGUCUUUACAGGUAGCACACAAGCUUUUCCACAACGUGAAAUGACCAGCCUCCCCAGCUCCCACCACCCACAGCUGUAGACACUAGAAACAGCUAAAAUUGUAAAAUAAUCAGGGCAGUUGUUCAGUUGUUAUUCUCCAGUGUAUUGAUGUAAAUUAUUCCCCUGGUUUCCUGGACUAAAUACUGUACAUGUCACACCCUCUCUGUAUGCCGUGCAUGCUUGUUUAGUCUGGGUCAGAGGCAGUAUGUGAAAUAUAAAUAGCUGUUUGUAUAGAUAAUGGGUGCAUCCAAGUUGAUGAAGGUUGAAUGAGGAAAGGGCUCAAACUAACAACCCUUCACUGUGUCCGUUCAUAUGCAAUAGCAAGUAUGCUGCUUUUGGUUACAGAAUUUCUCAGGUUAAGUCAUGGAUUCACAACACUCAGCAGAAAAAUAAAAGCUUUCUUUGGUUUACACUGUGAGUCUCAACUUAAUGAAGCCACUUCUUUACGGGAUCGGUUGAAGAUUUUUCCUGGCUGUACAUUCAGGAUGUGUUUGAUUGGGGAAAUGUUUGUUUCAACUUUGAACUCAUGGCAGGGUAACGUGGACAAAACAGCACAAGGAGAAUUGGGUUAUUUAGAUGUUGAUUAGUAACUAUGGCAUAUUUAAAGGUAAAAAAUUGUGACCAUGUUGUAAAAGGAUUCAGGGAUGAUAAUCAGCGCUCAUUUCUCUGCCUUAAAAAGGGGUUUAAAAGAAUCGUCCAGUACAGGGGAGGGUUUUAACUUCAGUAAGUGUGAAAGUUUAGAUGGAUUUUUGUUACUGCUACAACUAAACCAGCACAAACAAUUCAGUUUAAAAAAUGACUGACAUCUUUCAGUUGGUGUAUAGAAAAAGAAAGAUUUCAAAGGCUGGUUAAUUUUCUAAACUCUUUCAUAAUUAAAAAUGGAUAGAUAUGAGUCUAGGUGAUCAUCUCCUUUACAAAAACAGUAUCAUUCUUCGUGUCAACUAUUGCUGUUGAUGGUUUCCCAGGUUUAUCUGUCAUAUUAAAAAAUAGAAAAAUUAAAGACUGCUUCUUUUGGUGUA